AUGGUGGUCGAAGGAGCAGCUUCAAACCACGCACUUGAAAAGGCACCGACUUGGGCAUUGGCGACAGUUUGCUUUGUGUUCAUCUUUCUUGGGCUUGUGAUCGAACAUUUAUUCCGUACUACCUCACUGUGGCUUAAGGAACGUAGGAAAACUGCCUUAUAUGAGGCAGUGGAGAAGCUGAAGGAAGUUUUGAUGCUCCUCGGAUUGAUGUCACUAUUAUUGGUAGUCACUCAAAGAGGAAUCUCCAAAAUUUGCAUAUCAAACAAAGUAGCAUAUUCCAUGCUUCCUUGUGACAAAAUCACUCAAGAAACAACAAAAACAAUCCAAGCAUAUGAAUUUUACUAUGCCUCUCCUCCCACAUCUGAACCACUAACAUUCGAAGAUAUGAUCUCACCAGCUUCAACUACUGCAACUUUUAACUCGUCAGAUUAUUGUGCUUCAAAGGGGAUGAUAUCAUUUAUAUCACAAGAAGCAAUAAACCAGUUGAACACAUUCAUAUGUGCUUUGGCUAUCAUGCAAAUAGUGUAUAGUGUUGCAACCAUGGCAUUGGGGAGAGCCAAGAUGAGGAGUUGGAAAGCUUGGGAAAAAGAAACUCAAACAACCGAAUAUUUGGUGGCCAAUGAUCCUCACCGGUUUAGAUUCACUAGACAAACGACAUUUGGACAAAGGCAUAUGAAUGAUCCAAUUGAUAUGCCAAUUCUAUUAUGGAUUAAAUGUUUCUUUCGGCAAUUCUUUCAUUCAGUAGCAAAAGUUGACUAUUUCACUUUGCGUCAUGGAUUUAUUUCGGCUCAUCUAUCAAGAAGCAGCUCUUUCAAUUUCCUCAAGUACAUACAGCGUUCAUUGGAAGAUGACUUUAAACUCGUUGUUGGCAUAAGGCCUCUCAUGCGGUUUUUGCUCGUUAUAUUCAUGUUAAUCGACGUUCACGGUUGGCACAUGUAUUUAUGGGUAUCUUUCCUUCCACUCAUUAUAGUUUUGGUCGUUGGAACCAAAUUACAAGUGAUCGUGGCAAGAAUGGCGUUACAGUUAAAGGAGCAAAACAAAGUGAUCAUAGGAGCCCCUUUGGUUACACCUAAUGACAAUCUCUUCUGGUUUAGUAAACCUCAAUUAGUCCUAACUCUCUUGCACUACACACUCUUUAUGAAUGCAUUUGAGGUUGCUUUUAUCAUAUGGGUUACGUUACAGUAUGGGAUAGACUCAUGCUUCCAUGAAACAAAAUCUAUAGUAGUCGCAAGGAUUUUGUUAGCGGUGAUUGUUCAAGUCAUUUGUAGCUACAUUACUCUUCCCCUUUAUGCUCUUGUGACUCAGAUGGGUUCAAGGUUUAAAAGUGCAGUGCUACAAGAUCAAACGAGGGAAAUGAUUAAGCAAUGGCACCAGGAGGUGAAACAGAAUAAAAGAAGACAAUCUCUAACACCUCAUGAUAGUCCAAUCCCACACAUAGUUACUCAAAUGAACACCACUGAGAUUAUUCCACAACAACGAACAUCGACACUUUCUAAGAUCGCCCCUCGUGGCAUCGAGGGAACUAGUGAGAUUGUCAAAGAUAUCCAAGAAGUAGAUUAA